GUCCCAUACAGCUCUUCGCAGAAAGGAUGGAAUUUUCGAGAGAAGGGCAAGAAAAGAGACGAUCGCAUGACACAUCGACGGUGUCUUCAGCGAUGUCUUGGGGGAAGGGGAUAUAUGUGUUUCGUACGGAACGUGGACGUUUUUGCCGACUUACUCCACGCGGGAUUGGGAGCUCUUCCACUGGGAAAUUCACUUAGCCUGUCUGUAAUGGUAGCAGGGGAGUGCUGCAAAGCCGGAUUAGACCCUCUGAAUAGAAAAAAGGUUUACACAAGUAGAGUCAGGACGCCUCUUAUGCAUGGCAAGUCCGCUUACCUUUUCCAUCAACAGCGGCUCCUGUAUGCCACGGAAUUGUGGUAUCUCCCGUGAAAGUGCCGUAUAUGCCUUACAAGAGCGGCUGGUGUUGCGAGUUUCUCUUCGCCUGAUGCCUUCUAGUAGUGCCCACUUCUCGCUGCAAUCUCGGAAAAGGAGACACGCAACAAAACAACAUUAACUGGUCAUGUGAGGUCUGAUUCUGCCCCUUUUGCUCUGGUUCUUUCUUAAAUUGCCGCGUCUAGCUAUGGUCAUAGCGCUUUUGCGGCUAUCCGUAGUCAGCUGUCUUGAAAAUAACGGGACCCACGGAGAUCGUUGGGGAAGCCCAGGUGGGCAACAGAUGUCUGGAACGCGCAUUUAUUUUCGUUGGGUUUUCUGUGGGACCUUGUCUACUGACAACUUCGGACUGGAAAAGCCAGGAGACUGGAAACUGGUAAAGGGGAAGGCUGCGCAUCCUGAUGUCUUGGCGUGGCCGCCGUGGCACCGCGGCGUGCGUCGCGACGCGAUACGAGGGCGUCGGAGAAAGUGCUCCUGCGAUACGCAUGCUGUUUUGAGAAUCAUAUUUCUUUAGCUCAUGCCAGACUCCACCUGUGGCUGUUCGUUUCACGGACCUCGGGGAGAAUCUCGCCUGCAUUCUCAACAGGCCGCCGUAUCUUGCGGAACCGCGGCAGUUGACCCGGACGAGGCUAGUCUGGUACAAGAGGGGUAGGUGCCAGUGAGCCAUGCGCAGAAGAAGUUGUUCUUGUUCGUCUCUUUUUCGACUCGUUUUUGUUGGUGAAUGACGAGCUCAUUCGAAAGGCACACUUUGCCAGUUCAUACAUGUUUUCUUUCUCUGCUGCGGCUCGCUGGCAGCCUCAGUCGAUUCGAUCACCCGCGAGAGAUACAUAAAUUUCCGCGGAAAGAUGGGACGACCCAGGUGGCCUCUUCCUUCCAUGUUCUUUUUAAGCUUGCUGUGUGUAUCUGAAAAGCGCUUCUCUGUUAGCGGACUCCAUCUUCGAUUUCGCGAAUCGCCGCAAUGGGACAGCCUGUUGCCUCUGCAGGACCGCCGCGCCGUCCAGCCGUCAUCACGCUGGGACUCCUCCCUCACCCUUGAAGCGCAUGCACCACAAAGGAUCGAUACCAGUGACGCCGGGGACGAUGACUUAUUUUUGGACGCAACUCAACAGGUGUACAGAGGUGACCCUGUACUGGAGACAUCUUCGCUACCGCCCGCGGCGCUGCCUGUACGACCUGUGAGUUCAAAAACUGAGGACGGCUUCAGCGGCUCUAGGGAAGAAGAAUCUGACGGAGGUGUUCCGACUGGGUCAGACCAAGGAGAAGUUUGGCGAUCAAGCUCACUGGUAGAUGUGUCGUCCCCUGGAGACCGUGGUGGUGAGGAACAAGAAUCGUCAGCCCAGGCUAAAGGGGAGGCGGACACGAAAGACGAAGCAGAGAAAUCAGAGGAUCAAAGUCAGUCUUCGACGGCCGACCCUAACACUCCUACCGCACAGGGGACGGACGCCUCAGAGUCGGGUGAAGAUUCUGGCUCUGACACCAUGGGUGAUUCGGAAGUAACAGACAUACCUGUAGAUCCACUUAACAGUGGUCCAGAGACUGCCUCUAGUGGUGAAACUGGACAGCGAAUUGGGGCUGAAUCAGGAGCCCAACCAUCAGCGGAGGCUUCACAGGAUAGCGCAGCUGCAUCUGAGACUAUUCCAGCUGCCGAUGCCACGUCGCCAACUGAUCUCCCGGGCACCCUUGCUGGCGCCACUGUGGCGGACGACUCACGGCAAGAGGCGACGACAGAUGGCCUCGAGAAGAGCCCAGGCGAGCCUAAAGAGGUAGAUGUGUUUAACCCCCCUCUUGCAACAAAAAGCGAUGUUGCCCCUCUGAGUGUAUCGACCAUCAGAGCACAGGCUGCCCCGGACACUGAAGCGAAUAUAGGAGCUGAGGUGGCCACUGGAAAUGAGGGAGCCCCUGAAGUUGAGGAGGCCACUGAAGAUGUAGCAGGCACAGGAGCUGAUAUGAGCACUGGAACUGACGCGGCCACUGAAGAUGUAGCAGGCACAGGAGCUGAUAUGAGCAUUGGAACUGACGCGGCCACUGAAGAUGUAGCAGGCACAGGAGCUGAUAUGAUCCCAGGAGCUGAGCCAGGCACUGAAAAUGAGGCAUCCACUGGAGCUGAGGGGGCCACCGAAGCGGAUGAGCAGGUGCCGCUAAAAACAGAGGCCCAGGGUAGUGCCGGAAGUUCUCCAACUCAGGGACACGCGUCACAUUCAGUGGAAGAAACAGGUCGAUUCUCAGUGAUUCCGUUUGAAUUUGGCAGCAGUCCACGGCUUCGCCGGUGGACUACCCAGUUCCUAAUAAGGGGGAAAGAUUUAUUUAAUCUGAUGCAGAAGUCCAACAUUGCGAAACAAGCAGAGAAAGGAGCCAAGAAUCUUCGCAGCUCCAUGGAAAUCCUGCAUAACACCACUUCUUUCUUCAACGCCUUCCGCGCUCAACAGCGUAGCAAGGAGGCACAGAGCAAGAACGUCCAACUGUCUGUCACAAGUGUACCAACCGACCAACCAGAAGAGCAAAACGCAACCACCCAGGAGGGUUCCACCGCUUCACCAGAGGAAGCGGCACGAGAGGCAGCCGAAGCGAUAGGCACGCCUGUUUCUACGGAAGAUGCGCCCAACUGAGGAACAGCCAGCCUUGAGCAAGAGCGAUAUCCUGGUUUUGAAGCACGCGGACAGGGCGGCCGGUUGAUGCUUAACAAAAUACCAAGAAUCCACUAGAACGUUUGACUCCGGUGAAGUCUCAAGUGACCACGCCAAUCAAACAACCAGAGGCAACUUGACGUAGUGCUGAAGAGACCGUUUCUGCGACUGGCGUGCGAAUUACAAUGAAGAUAUCAAUAGGAGUUCAUAGAAACAACGAGGAACGAAGAGACCGCUCUGCGAAUACGGAUUCCGUCUGGUAUGGUCGUGGAGGUGUUUCGUUACUCUUGAGGUGGCAGGUAUAUAAGAAGCAUACGGUUUUUCUCUUUCUUGUAUGCUUACAGGCAAGUUGAUCGAAUCCUGACAACUCGGAAUAGCCCUUUACUCGUGCCUUGCUGUAUUGCGGUAGUGCGAGAGUCGUGCGUGCAGUGUGUCCUGCUUCUGGACAAGAAGGGAUAAACUGCCGAAAUUUCGUUUUUUCUGUCUUUUUAAGACUGUUGACGAGGAGGCGAAUAGCUCGAUAAAGAAGCAUUUUUCUCAAUGGUGCUUAAGUUAGUUUGUGAACAGUCGUGUGCUGCUCUCUCUCGGGGACGAAUUGAGAAGUGCGUGCUGCCUCCUAUUUCUUCUUUACUCUUAAGAGGUUCAACAUUCUUGAAAGAUCAUGAGCGUAUCUAUUUUGACCGGGAAGCAGGGCUCGCGAGAAAGAAACGAGGGAUAGCUCCAUUUCGGGGUUUCGUUGUCGUGUAUAACGCGGUACAACAGUCGGCGACGGUUGUGCUGCACAGCUAGGGACUCAGUUUUCGACAGUUGCACAACACACAGAAAAGAAAUGUGCUUGCCAGGUAGGCAAGCGCCUGUUUAAAUAUUGCAAUGUUACAUCCGUCCAGAUACUCUUCGAUUCAGAGGACUGCUACAGUAACCGUAGGUCUAUAAAUAAAGCGAUGUCGGUAUGUAUAAAAUACGGCUUCGAAACUGCGACGGAUUUAAUACGCCACAACUAACUCCUAAAUAAAAUAUUAAACAGCGCUCAUAAAGAUUUGCACAACCUAAUUGUUAGUUUCCUUUCAGCAGGCUGACAGUCACUGUUAAAUUCCUUACGGAGAUAGACAUUACUUUACAGCCGG